GGUGCCGACAGAGACCGCCUCUGGUAUACUCUGCGUCACGACAAUAUAGCGCGAAAAAUUUUGCUUCAGUGUACAUCUUUUUAUUUUUCUAAAAUUAUACAAAUGUUGAAGUGUACAGAAGACAUGGAAAAUAUAACUUUAAGUCCUACGGUAGCUGCAAAGUUAAGAAAUAAAGAUGCAGUUAACAAAAUGAAAAAUGGUUCUCCAAAAUUUCAAGAAGUUUUCAGAGAGAGGUGUCGACAAAGAAUGCGCGAAAAACGAAGACAGUUAUUCAAUAAAAGUAGAUUUGGUUUGGAAAUUAAUUCAGAAGAAAUUCAGGAUACUUUAUCGCAAAUUGUGCGUAAAGAAUUGACUGAUCUUGCUACUACAGAUUUAGAUCCAGCUCUGAAUCCAUUUUCUCCUAUAAUAAGUGAACCACUUAAUCCAGAAGAAGCAAUGGAACUAGAAAAUGAAAUACUUAAUGAAGAAGAACAAUGGAUAUUACAAGAGUAUGAAAAAAUGUCACAAGAAGAAAUUGAAUUAUUAGCAUUAAGUGCAGAUCAAGAGAAUGAAGAAGUAAUUUGUCCUAUAUGUCAAACAUCAAAUUUAGCUGAAAAUGCAAGGCAGGUAACUUGCACAUCUUGUGAUUUUAAAGUAAAUGGUAGUAUAAGUAUAAAAGAUCUGGGGUAUCUUAUCAAUAAAUGUGCAAAUACUCAUUCUACUAUAUGUAGAGAACCACCUGGUUUCCUAGCACUUCCUGAAAAUAAUAUGUCUUUGUAUUUAGUUUGUGACAAAUGUUCAACUUGGAUGUCAGUAAUAUAAAUUUUGAUGUUUCUCAAUUAGUAUAUUGACUCAGAGAGUUAAAAAUAAUCUACUUUAUUUGUUUUUGUACAAUUAAUCAAAUUAAGUUAUUACUAAUUUUUUAAUUGACUAGACAUUUAAAUCUAUGUUAAAGUAAAAUUCAUCAUGGACAUCAUAUUGAUAUCCAUUGAAGUAAUAUAAGACUUUGUAAAUAUGAUCAUAUUUCCUUCUUUUAAAUUAAAUAUAAAAAUAAAUUAAUUUCAAACAAUACAGGAAAGUGAGUGAAGAAUAAUCGAAUUUCAGUUUUCUUUAUGGAAGUAAACAUUUGAAUAACAAUACAUGAAUGUUUAUGUGAUUAUAUGAUACAUAUUGUACAAAAAAAAAACAUCCCAUUAUUGAUUUUUUAUAUUCUUCAUCGCUUACGCGUACACAAUGUAAAUUUCGAGUAAAAGACAUCUGUAUAUUGCAAAGAUGAAACAAAUUAUGUUGAUUUUAUGCUCAAUAAUCACUGAAAGAGUUUAUCAUUUAAAACAUCCUUUGAGAUAUAAUUAAUGUUUAAUGACAAUAACAACAUUACAAUAUACAGAUGUCUUCCAUAACUUAAGCUAAUAUUUAAAUUUUAUAAAUGAUUUGUACAUUAUCACAUGAAAUUUCGCAUUAAAAACUUCACAUUUUAUAACAUCAUUAGUAUAUAAUAUAUACUUAUAAUUUGUGAGCAACCCAUUUUUCAUCUCGUACAUAGUUCAAUUAUCUGCAAUAUAAAUUCUUUAUUUUUCAAACAGGUAUUACUAUGCAAGUAUUAACAACUAUGUAUUCGUUAUAGUGUACAUGGUCGGACUUGAUAAAAAUGUAUAAUCUUUGAUUUUAAAAUUCAAUUGCACUUAUAAAGGCAUAAUUUCAUAGAUAAAAUAUUUUAGAUUUCUGACUUCAGUCUCUCGAUAUAAUUUUAUACCACCGGUUUUACCCAGGUACUUCUAUUCUCGUGCGGUGUAAAAAGGUUCACAUACUUUUUCAUUAACAGUUCUUUAUUUAUCCAUUUUCCUAAAAAGGUUCCAAAGCUAAGUGAUUAAAAAAGAAUUACGUAUAUUUUAACUGUUAUCAAAAUAUAUCGACAACAUAACGUAUAUGUCCAUAAUAUAUUUUUACAGAAGUUUUUAUCUUAAAGAUAGGGGGAAAUGUUAUCUACAAAAAAGAAAAAAAAAAAGAAAGAAAAGAAAAUAAGAACAAU